UUCAAUAAUGCAUUAUGGGAAGUACACCUUUUCUGCGUCACUAAAUCACGUGACAAUCCUGCCAAAGAGGAAUCGCCUAACCCAAGUGGUUCCAGCCAUUGGACAACGAGAAAAACUUAGCCCAGGAGACAUAAGACAAACACAGAAGAUGUACAGGUGUACUCAGUGUGGACAGACAUUACAAGAGCCGACAGGUACACUGUCAUCGCCAGGAUACCCUCGAAUAUAUAAUAACGACUAUCAUUGUGAAUGGCGAAUCUCUGUUACCCCAGGUGAACGCAUCGUACUGAAUUUUACCGACUUUAGACUAAAAAAAAGCAAGUCUUGCAAGCAGGACUUUGUUGAGAUACGAGAUGGUCAUGGACGAAAAUCACCAUUUAUCGGACGGUUCUGUGGCAAAAAAGUUCCACCCUCAAUUUGGUCAACCGGAAGCAGGCUUUGGAUUAAAUUCAAAUCAGGUGGCCCAGUCACAAGGCCUAAACAUAGGUUUAUGGCUAAAUAUGAAACACGUUGUGGCGGACCGAUUCGCAAAACACAAGGAACUAUUCAAUCACCGAACUACCCAAGCUGGUAUCCUUUGAACAAGGAGUGCGUCUGGAUCAUUGAAUUACCGUCAAAGAAACUAAACGUUGGACUUCGUUUUGUUGCGUUCGAUAUCGAGGACAACGAGCAAUGUCACUACGAUUAUUUGCAAGUGUUUAAUGGAGCAAGCACUGAUUCACCAUCACUGGGGAAAUUUUGUGGCAAAAAGCGACCGUCUGAUAUCAGGAGCAAUUCAAGCUUUCUAACUCUAAAAUUUAGAUCAGACCCAUCAAUUUCAAAACCUGGUUUCUACGUUUCUUUUUUUGCAGAGCGCAACGAGUGUGAGAAUAGCAAUGGCGGAUGUUCUCAAUUAUGCCUCAACACGUUAGGAAACUACAAGUGUGAUUGUUUUCCUGGAUUCGAGCUGCAUGCUAAUGGAAAGGAUUGCGAGGCUGCAUGUGGUGGGACUCUGUCUGAUGGAAACGGCACUAUUACUUCCCCAAGUUAUCCAUCAAACUAUCCCAAGAACAAAGAAUGUACAUGGAAAAUUAAUGGGCCAAAAGGACAACGGAUAUCUCUGAAGUUUAAAGAUUUUAAGCUAGAGGGGUCUGCUAAUGGUAAUUGUAGAUAUGACUACGUAGAAAUCCGCGAUGAAAAGAACGAAUUACUAGCCAAGCUCUGCGGAUCCAACAUCCCCAAAACGGUCACUUCGCCUUCCAACAUCAUGUUUGUGGAAUUUAAAUCGGACCACACGCAAUCAAGGAAGGGAUUUUCUGCCAUGUAUUACGCAGACGAGGAUGAAUGCCAGGAAAACAAAGGUGGAUGCCACCAUAUAUGUGUGAAUACAAUUGGAAGUUAUCGCUGUGAAUGUAAAGUUGGUUACGCUUUGCACCACGACCAACGCAGAUGCAAGGAAGCUUCCGAAUGCGGUGCCACUCUGAAAACUCUUUCAGGUGUUGUAUCAUCUCCUAAUUUCCCGGGUGUGUAUCAACAUAAAAAAGACUGUACAUGGAAAAUCAUAGUGACUCCUGGAAGCCACAUACGAUUAACAUACAGAUUUUUACAGAUAGAGGAAGCUAACGACUGUCGCUAUGACUACGUAGAGAUCUUUUCCGGUACGGGUAUUAAUGCUGAGAGCCUUGGACGCGCGUGCGGGAACCUGAUUCCAAAACCUGUUGUAUCUAAAUCGUAUAAGAUGUUGAUUAAGUUCCACUCAGACGCACUUAUUGCCAAGCGUGGAUUUAAAGCUCGCUAUGAGACAUAUUGUGGUGCUGAAUUACACGCUUCCAACCAAAAAAGAAUUUUCUAUUCUCAUCCAGCUUAUGGAGACGAUAACUACAGCCCUUCUUUGAAAUGCACGUGGAAAAUAGCUUCUCGCAGUGGAUACAUCAAACUUCGUUUUAAGGAAUUUGACCUGGAGAAUGAAAAGUUCUGUAGUUACGAUGAAGUGAUAAUUAGAGAUGGCAAUAAUACCACGUCUCCUUUACUUGGUAAAGCAUGCGGCAACAAGAAAACACCCAAAGAAUUCUUCUCUACUGGCAAUCAACURUUUGUUCAAUUCACAACCGAUUUGACUACCCAGAAAAAGGGUUUUAUUGCAGAGUAUUCAAGGGUAAAGAGCAAGAAAGAAAAAAAUAAGAAAUAUAAAACGAAAAAAAAUACAUAGUCACGUUUGAGUAUGAUUAUACUCCGCCAUCUUUCCAAUAACCUUCAGAGGUUUAAAAAACACUUUUCCAAACAAAGGAUUAGCAAGUGUCAAUGUUUUUCUCUGGUAUUUUAUUUGGUGACUUAUAGAUUUUUAGAUGAUUUCGUUUUUGUCAUGCGCAAUGCUAUACAUAUUUAACGGCCAGAAGACAUAGAUGUAACUAGGUUCUUUAAGCUCAGAACUUGGCUUUUUGCAAUAUACAUGUUUUUGUAUGCAAAGAGUAAAAAAAAUAAAAAAUAUCCACGAGAUCUUU